AUUAUCCAGAUUUGUAAUAAUUACUUUAUUGAUAAGAUUCUUACCUGUUCAAGUUACUGAAUUCAUGAAGUACUGCGUCGGAAUAACAGAAUCGUUGCAACUUACCUCUUUUAUUACACAAUAAACAGAGGCUUAGGCUGACUAACAAAAAACACGGAAAUGCCCUCACCAAUAAAAGUCGGGCCGUAUGCUUUGAUAUACAUCUCUACAUGUUAGACCGCAUUCCGUUUAUACCGUUAAUUUGGUUCAACUACGUAAUCGCCUUCGUGUGCCUAAUAAGCUGGAUACUUUUUUUACUACAUGUUUACACUUUAUUAUAAUGUUACAGUGUACUACCACGCAACUCUUAAACUAUUGCUUUUAACGAAGAUGAGUUUGCUAACGCAGAUAUGAAUUUGUUUAUAAUGACACUCAUACUAUCGUUCGCUGGUGAUGUUGUUAACGCUUUUCAUUGAAAUCGGCCGUUAUGCCACGUACACACCCUGCAGUAACUUAGCAUCCGUUCUAUUGAUCCGCGGCCUCUGACUGAAACCGUCUAUUCCGAUUAUACAAUACGAUUUCGAUGUUUACUUAGCUUCUUCGAACACUCAUCCGAAGAAACACGAUGUUCACUUGUGAGAAAUAUGAGAUAAAAACGUAUAAUAUUAUUGCUAUUCUAGUAUUGCUGAUCUCUAUUUAUCAGCUUCAAUUAAUUUACAGUAAAACUGCUCGCUGGCAAGACAUCUGCUUGACACCGCGCGGAUUCACGAGACGAAGCGUAGAUACAAUGCUAUGUCAUAUAUUUGAUUGUGGAGGUCUGUAUGUCGGUGACUGUCACCAUCUGAUCUUUCCUACACAAUCCAAUAGCUUGCAUUGACAACGUGUUCUUACGUGAACGUGUAUUGACGUGUCUGUUGCCACCGCCAUAGGUCAAACAUCAGAUGUAGCCAAAUCAAAUCUCAACAAUGCUGUUCGAGUUGAUAAUGUUUCCUUCCUUCCUACUGCUGAUGUUGUCGCUUGUGCUGCUGCUGCUGCUGCUGUUGUUGUAAAUAAUUGUUGAUGGAUUGCUGUGACAGGGUUUUUUUUUAAAUGAUGACUGCAGCCGAUUUCCGCUCGUGAUCUCUACAGAGUUAUGAAGGCACAAUAACGCUUGCGAACUAGCUAGAGUUCGUGCUAGCUCCGCUUUUAGUCACAAGUCGUAAUAACUACGGAAGAUAACUAAAAAAAAAAAUACAUUUAUUGUAUUGCGUAUCGGGCUUGCGUACUGCACGUUCUUUCUUGACGCUCGCUGUUGGUGUUCUGCUUCUAGCGACGCUCACAAUGCCGAUGACUAAUUCCGACAGGGAUGUUGGAAAUCAGGUCGCUUCCGAUACUGACGCUUACCACAACGGCGAUUCAGCUUUGUCGGUUUCCCAAAGUCUUGAUGAACUGAGUUCCGUCCCAAGUUCCCCAUUAUCAGCAUCAAGUCCGGCACACGGCACCCCGAUCAGAUCAAAUGCCCUGGAAGGCACAGAUUCUUCAAAAGGCAAAAACAGAAACUUCCACGAUGAAGCACAUAACAAAGAUCUAGACCAAGCAGCUGAAGACCAAAACGAACGAGCAGGAUCAUCGGUCAGCGUUUCCGAUGAGUCAGCUUGCUUUCAAUCCGCCGCUUCAGAUAGCCUCCCGUAUACAAGUUUGCCUUGCGUUCCAGAGCGCGGCAACGUCCUGGACGACGAGCUGAGCAGGCCUAACAGAAGGGAAGCACCCUACAGUGGUGUGCUACAACAAUUGGCUAGAGUUUUUCAGGCCGAACUUGAGUUCGAAGUUGAUUAUGCUGAAGGAGACGAUGACGUUGAUGAAGAUGACGAAGACACGUAUAUCGACAUUGACUCGGAUGAUGAAUACGAUGACAUAGACAUUUAUGACUCAGAUGGCCGCACCGAUCAUUACGAAGAUUCUGAAAAAGAUGAUCGAGAGGGUGAAUUUGCAGACGACUUGGAAAAGACAACAAAGCUCUUUGAAGGCGCUCACGUUCUGCGACAACAGGUUGUUGCACAGUUAUGCUGUCCACUUUAUCAGCCUCAGUGGUUUGACGUCAUUGAUGUGAUGCAAGAAGCGGAACUGCAGGCUGAACUUGGCCGAGCGGAGGAAAGUUCAAAAAGAGAAAUUCCCAGGUUGACGUAUCACCAGUUACCUAAUGCUGAAAAGACGCUGCCCGCUUCGUGGGAAGGCACCCUCGAGGAUGCUGUUUCCAAGCUCUAUUGCACAGAAAGCGUUAUCGAACGAGAGUCAAACUCUUCACGCAUUUGGGCGCUACAGCCUGGCAUCGUGACCGAUCCAGCUAUAGAAUACGCUACCAACAGUCGGAUUCAGCAUUCAGCCGAUGAAGAUGACUCCAGCGAUGAGGAGUCCGUGAGGAUUGCAAGCUCUGACGAAGAUGAGACCAGUGAGUCAGAAGAGGGCGGCGAUCAGUGCGAAACUUGUGUGGGAAGAUGUGUCCGGUGCCCAAUGUGUUGUGAGUCGCAGAGCUGCAGGCGAGAACGACAACGUCUGGAGUCGUUGGAGGAUGAAACCGAGUCCGACGAUUUGGAUAGCGAAGAACAAAAUAGCGAAAGUGACUGGGAGACCUGUACCACAAAUAGUUGUAACAGUGACGAUACACAGAUUAACAACGAGAGGCCGAAUGCGAGUCAACGGCACAGGCUUCUACAACGUCGCGCUCGAGAGCCGCGUGGCUGGCGACCAAGGUGUGGCUUGAGCAGUGCCUUCCAGCGUGCCUACGGCCUUACUACUACGUGGAGAGACUAUCCGGCAAGGUCACUAGAGCGAGCCUUAGCGGUCAAUAUGAGUCGCAGGGUGACUCGAUUAACUGUCAGCAGGGUAUACGACAACGCUACCAGACGGUUGGCCACGAAUCGAUUUCCAGCUGCUAGUGAAAGUCGACAAACAACAACAGCGUCAAAUGCCGUAAGCUUUUACGAAGACAGAGAAAGUGAAGCGCAGCCCUGGGUCAGCAGCAACAGCGCGCAUUAACGUAUGCUUGCGGAGACCAACAGCAGUAACAAUUGAAUGAAUUGCAGCAGUAGCGUCAAUCGGACGAGACGAAUUGGUCGACAUACGGCAAAGGCGCCAGCAACGGUUACACUGAUGCCACGAAGCCCUUCGUACCGUUAAGCUGAUCUGGACCGAAACACCGUUUACGGAUGAAAUUUCCAAAUGGCAAAAUAAUCGCUGCUCAUGCGUUCGCUAUAGACAUCCAUGUUUAAGUGUGUGCGAUAUAUAACAUGUUGUAUAAAACAAGAGUACGUUACACAACUGCACAAAUUCACGAACGCAUGAAACCUCAAGAAUUUUCAUGUUGAAGUGAAAAGAGGCAGAGGCUGUUUUUGUUGUCGUUGUUGUUGUUGUUGUUGUUGUUGUUCUUGUUGUUGCUGCUGGCGGCGGCGGCGGCGGUGAAGUUAGUCAAGCUAAAUGAGCAGAUAAUGAGCCGAUUAUUCAAGAGGCGACAAUAAAUUAAUAUAGGUGCACGACAAAAGCAAAACACUAUGGCAACGAAAUACAUGUGGGUGUGGGUGAUGAAAGCGAAGAAACCAAUUUGCAAACGUACUGAGUGUAGAGGCGGUCGUUUUUACAAUCUGUUGAACCAUUUUGUCGUUCAAUAACAGGAGCCGAUCGUCAUCAUUCGCAUGUUUCAAACACUAUAUAUAUAGUGUUCAUGUGCUUAUGAUGUAUGGUUCGACAAGUUUCCUUAUUCAGCGGUGUUCAUUCCUGUUGUUAAUACAUGAAGGAAGUACGACGGAAAUGGACACGAUGAACUGCAGUGAUGUUUUGCAGCGAAACACAAAUAACGAGUUUCAAUAUAAACGAUAUAAUAAUACGGGAACGAUCGAGGAUAACAAGUAGAAAUCUUCCACUUCCUUUAUUUAAAAAAUCCACCCAAAAAAAAUCUAAUACCAAACCGUUGAGUAUCAUAGGUUGUUGAUAAUAACAAUCAGUAAAACGUAGUAGUAAACCAUUUCCUUGACUAGUUACUACGUGAAGGUGAGUAUGUAUGCGCGUGAAAAUAAGCCGUCAUUAAGCACUGGAGACCUCCAAGUUUUUUUGCUGUUGCUUAGUAAUGUAUAUAAAACCGUACAGUCACCGUAACCGUACAGAGGCGUGCAAUGGGUGGUUGGCGAUAGGGAAUUCCUCCAAUUUGCAUUUCAACUUUUUAUUGAUGUUGCGCUUUCUAAAAAAGUGUGCACUAGAUAUUUAAUACAAUAAGGUAAAAUUAUGUAAAAAACAUAUAUCUAUAUAUGAAUUUGUUCGUUUUGUUCGUAACGUUGAUUAAUAACAAAGGUAGCUAUUCAUUAAUGAAACACUGUUUGUUCAUACGCUCAAUAUACUGAAGUUGCUUUCUAUUUGUCAGCCGAGUCUAUACACGUACGUUGUCAUACUUAAAUAUAAACAAAUGUUAAAUAAUUUUUUAAAUACUGCAAACAAUGACGCUGAAUGCAGGAAAACAUUUCGUCGACUUUAGCAAGAUUUUAUCACAUCUUGAAGAAAUUGCAUUUUCACAUAAAUAGUUAUGAAGCAUGGUAAAAAAAGAGUAACGCGAUACAUGAGAAGCCUGUGUUGGAAUUAUCUGUAAUAUAUAAUAAUUAGCGCUGUAUUUAUGUGUUUAAAAUAAAUAAUUAUUUUAUUCUUCA